ACAACCUGUUGUCUGCUCCUCAAUCCUUCUCCUUAGCCUUUUCUCUCUCACUCUUCCUUUCUCUCUCCUUGCAUCUCUUCCUCAUUCUCCCUUAAAAUCAUUAUCCUCCUCCUCCUUCUCCUGUUUUCCCUUUUUAUUUUCUCGAAUCGCUGCAGCUUACAUCACAUUCACAAAUAUUAUGUCCAUUCAUCACCUGAUUUGGAUAUCCCAUUUUUAGGUCAUUUUCCAUUUGCAUUUUUCUGCAUGCUUGUCGCCCUAAUGCCACCAAUGUCAAAAUGCGGUUUCAAUCUUUCCAUUGAAAUCCUCGAGUGGGACUGUCUCACAUUUCUCCCUCUCUUAGCCAUGGGUUCUAUGUUCCGCUUUUCUUCAUUUUAUGAUUCCUAUUUUUAACCCCUUGUUUGUGGAAAUACAGGAUUAUUGCAGGAUUUUCUAUCUGCAAAUUUGCACAUGUUUGGAGGAUUUUACGUCAAGGAUGGGAAGGGUAAAGCUGAAGAUACAGAGAUUAGAGACUCUGAACAGCCGGCAGGUCACGUAUGGAAAACGAAGGGCUGGAAUCUUGAAAAAGGCCCAAGAAAUUUCUGUUUUAUGUGACAUUCCCAUUGUACUUAUCAUGUUUUCUCCAUCUGGGAAGCCAUCUAUAUUCUGCGGUCAACGAAGCAACAUUGAUGAAAUGAUAGCAAAAUACGCUCAACUUACACCAAAAGAAAGGGCAAAGAGGAGGUUGGAGAGUCUUGAAACUUUAAAAAGAAACUUCAAGAAGCUCGACCAAGAUGUUGAUAUAGAAGAGUUUCUUGAUGCAAGUACUCCAUCAAUUGAGGAAAUGCAAAACCGAGCAAGGACUCUUCAAGGUCAACUUGCUGAAGCACAUAAAAGAAUAAUCUGGUGGAGUAAUCCAGACACUAUUGAAGACAUCGAACACCUAAAUCAGAUGGAAAAUUCUCUACGUGAAUCACUGAACAGGACUCAAAUAACUAAGGAAAAGUUUUUUAAGGAUCCACUUAUUCAGUUUGAUUGCACAAGCCAGGUGUGUGGAGACUUUGGUAGAGUUUAUGAACAAGAACUUCCCAAGCCGCAGUUUCCAAACAACAUGCAUUUUCCCUUAGCAACAACCAGUGAUCAGGAUUGCCCGAACCAGUCGUGGCUUCCUGGUGGGGAGGGUCAACAUAUGAUACUAACAAGCGAACCCCAAUUCUUGGCUAGUCGAGAUAUGGAAUGCUCCAGAGAUGCAUCCUUCCCGACCUGCUCCGGUUACUUUCCCGAUGUGAAAGAACAGGAUCUUGACAAUUCAAGACAGCUGAAAACUGAAAGACUAGAUGGGUUGACCAUUGAUGAUUACACAUAUUCUGCUCACUUGAGACUGCCUCUUGGCGAUCAAUAUCCUUAUAAUUCGUUUGGAAAUUUAAGUUUUCCGGAUUUGAUGGAACCCGGAAAGGAUGCAAAUUUUCAACUGAGUAGCUUGGAUUACCAGAUAAAUGGGAAUUUCGACCUUCCAAGAUCUGUCUGCAACAAUUUUCCACCUAGUUUGGUUCCUACAGCUGGUUCGUGUGCCAUUUCCAUGCUAAACGAUAACUCUUAUCCUCAGCCACCAAACUAAUCAAGUGACUCAGUGGAAUCUGGUUGGUACACAGCUUGCAUAUCUGCGGCCUCGCGCAAGCGAAGAAAAGAGGCAGACGCGUAUUUGUGUUAGCCAAUGGAUAGAGAAUUGGUUUAGUUUUGUUUUGUAGGAAAACAAACAUAAUAUAUUGUGUUGGCUAAAAAGGAAGGUGCAUGUGUUUUUUGUUGGAGAAAUCGAUGAUGACUGAUAAUGAGAUAGAUGUAGUAAUGUAUCGAUGAUAAAACUCCAAGUUGCUUCUCCCUGUACAUUAAUGUCUUACAAAUACAGCUCAAAUUUCACACAAAAACCAUCCACCACUCGAAUACUAUAAAUCUGUGGUUCAGCCCUUGAAUGUCUGGAUGAUUGUGUUGUGCCAGGGGUCUGAAAGGUGCUGCAGCAGGUUGUCGAACGGCCCCUUUCCGGUGACGUUGUGCUGGAUGAUGAACCCGAGGAACGCCAGCAUCGCGAGUCUCCCUGCACAAACACACACACGUACAUAGUGAGACAAGACACUUUGGUUGGUUGUGAUAGUGAUAGUUAAUAUAUACCGUUGGCGAUCUCCUUCUCCUUGGCCUCGAGAGUGGGGGUGAAGUUGAGGGGGUUGAAGAUGCCGCCGGGGUAGCCGACCUGGUUGGGGGGCAAGCUGUACUGCUUGAAGAUGGGGUCUUGGUUGACGCUCCCGGGGUUCUUGAUGUCCUGCCACCUCCUGAUCUCCACGUAGUGGAAGAGGAUGAACUCGAUCACGAAAAGGGUGGACGACGACGCGAAGUACUCCCCCUUCCCUGCGUCGUACCACUUGGGCACGUUCAGGAUCCCGAUGGACGUCAACACCUCCGGCAGCAGCAUCCCGGCCACCCCCAGCAUUGCCCAUCGCCCGUUCACCAGCUCCGCCUGCACGAACCAUUUCAGGUUCUCCGGGUCCUCCGCCAGUCCCAACGGGUCGAAUCCGUUGUCUCCGGGCAGGCUACACAACACAACACAUUCUCAUCUAACAAUUAAACACACUCAUUACUCAUUAUGGGGUAUUAAAAUAUCGCACCUGCCAUCCAGAUACGCCGGAGAGGCCAGCCCCGGUAGCCAUUCACCCUUCUUGGCUUCCACUUUCAAUGAUUUGUAAGAUGAAACCGCCUGUUUAACCGACACUUCCCGGUUCAGUCUUCCGCCUGAACCGCUCAGGAACCGGCAUGGCCGGAAUACGGCGGCGGAGGCUUGCGUGGUCACGCUGGCCAUCUCUGCUCAACGAUUUUUCUUUUUCAGUGGAUUAAUGAAUUAAGUGAAGUCGCCAUUUUCAAUGGUGCAAUUGUGGUGAUGCUUCGAGAUUGAAAGCUGGCCCUUGAUUUCCUGGAUUUUUGGCAUCGGACGGCUGCUUCUGUCAUGGGAAUCCACUGCUCUUAUCCUUAUCCUACUUGGCAUAUCCAUAAAUCUAUUUCUUUGCUGCUGUUGGCCUUCUAAGAUCAUGUGUUGCCGCGUCACUUUAUUAAACACACCAUAUCUAAUUGCCUAUGUGGAAUCUUGUUUUACCCAAUUGUUCCUCGACACUUGUACGCGUCAGGGUUAUACAAUCACAUUUAUUUGAUUGGUG